CACAUGUUCUUUCUGCGAACAACAUGUAAAAAAAAUGUACUCUUCAAUCCAAAUGAUUUUCCUUCAUCCGUGAAACUGGCAUUUAAUUAUCAUCAUAGAGGACUUCAUUCCUAUUGUCUAAUGUUUACUUUUCAUUGAAAAUGCGUAAGACAAAUGUAGAAACAGAUAGGCUACAGUUUGUUAACAUGUACAAAGUGCACCUGCGCUUGUGCUAGGUGUGCCUGAUUUAAGGGCAAGUGAAUGAAGGUACAAGGCAGGCCUACUGUAAGUGUUACCAAUAAUAUGGAAACUAAGACAUUACUGCAACUGCUCCGACGAGUGAUGUUCCCAAGAAAUGGGAAGGUAUAUGACAACACGAGCUCAAGUGUAAAAAGAAAAUCGGUGUUUCUAAUUUGGCAACUCAUGUAAACCUCUAUCGUGACACCUAAUUCUAACAUCCUUAUUUUUGAGCUUAGUAUAUAUAGUAAAAAAACUAAACAAAAUACAAACUAGGGUCACAACUACAGAAAAUCUCUGCAUUGUGCACCUCAUGCAUCUCAUAUAGAACUUCAGUGUGACACCUACAUGCACCUAAAAAGCACUUCUUUCGCUCUGGAUAAAGGCGCCUCCCAAAAGUUGUAUUGUAACUUGACAUACAUCUAGUCAUUUUUAAAAUUCUCAGAAUAGUGUUAAUCGAGUACCUGCGAAGGAUUAUGUAUUGAAAAAGUAUGUGCACUUAGCGUCGCUGUUCACCAGCAAAACGGACCGUUAGUUUGUCUGGUGUGGCCAUUAUUUUGUCUGCAGCCGGUUGCGUCGAAUUGGCACAGCUCUUGUAGAAUACGCACGAGAAUUUACUCUUCAUGCAGCUGACGAAUAUUACUUUGUUGCCUACUUUAUUCAUCUGUUUUAUUUCCCUCACUUUGAAUAACUGAUUGCUUGUUUUGGUCGUAAUUGCGUCGAUCACUAUCUCAAAUCCAUACAAUGGAGAACGGCACGAUGAAACAGCUGUUAUGGAGGUACGUCGAAACAUCCCUUCUCAUUUUUGCGGUUAUAUUCUCCGCGUCUGGUGUUACCCACUACUCGAUACCCGAAGAAAUGAAAGCGGGAUCUGUUGUUUCAAAUCUCGCAACCGAUUUAGGACUUGAUGUGAAAACCUUAAGUGCACGAAAGAUGCGACUAGAUGUUCUUGCCGACAAGAAAUACUUGGAUGUUAACAAAGAAACAGGGGAGCUUUACAUUGUGGAGAAAAUGGACAGGGAACAACUGUGCAACGUUAAAACAGCUACAACGUGCUUUUUAAAACUGGAUGCCAUAAUUGAAAACCCAGUAAGAAUGUUUAACAUUGAACUUGAGAUAAUGGACAUAAAUGAUAAUUCGCCACAUUUUCGUCGGGAUACCAUUCAUCUUGAUAUAUCCGAGUCAACACCAUUAGGAGAGAAGUUUUCUCUCACCAAUGCUGUUGACCCCGAUGUCGGCUCAAACUCCGUAAAAACGUAUUACCUUAGCGAAAGCAAUCAUUUUAAUAUUGAGAUUCAUACUGGACGUGAUGGUUCAAAAUUUACAGACUUAAUUUUGAAAAGCGCUCUGGACCGUGAGGAACAACCUAUUCAUAAUCUCAUACUCACAGCUGUGGAUGGCGGAACCCCUGCGCGCUCUGGUACAGCUAAAAUUAUUGUUCGUGUGCUAGAUACUAACGACAACGCCCCUCAGUUUGAUAAAGACAGUUAUACUAUAAAUCUCAUGGAAAACUCACCGAUAGGCAGCCUUGUAAUCAAAUUAAAUGCAACAGAUAAGGAUGAGGGCACAAAUUCGGAUAUUGAAUACUCAUUUAGUCUCUAUACUUCUGAGAAAACGCAAGCGACAUUUGGAUUAAACCCAAAUAAUGGUGAAAUAAGAGUUAAAGAAAUGAUCAAUUAUGAGGAUUUCAGAAUUUACGAUGCGGAAAUAAUAGCUAAAGACAAAGGUGCCAAUUCGUUAUCUGGACAAUGCAAGGUAACGAUACUAAUCAAUGAUAUGAAUGACAAUCAUCCGGAAAUUUCUAUUAAAUCCUUUUCAAGUCCUAUUAAAGAGGACGUAGUUGUAGAUACAGUUAUUGCAGUGAUUAGUGUGAGUGAUAAAGAUUCGGGAGAAAACGGCGAAAUCGAUAUCCAUAUUUCUGGUAAGCUACCUUUUAAACUCAAAGAGACAUCCGACAACUACUACGAGCUUGUAGUUUCAGAACCGUUGGACCGCGAAAAGGUCCCAGAAUAUGACAUCACAUUUACCGUUACUGACAGAGGAAACCCUCCGUUAUCCGAUAAUGAAACUGUAACUCUAGAGCUGCUGGACGUUAACGACAACGUCCCACGGUUUCCACAAUCAUUUUAUACCAUACAAGUGAUGGAAAAUAAUCCACCUGGGGCAUUACUGGGCUCUCUCACUGCACACGACCCAGACCUCCAUGAAAAUCAAUAUCUUGUUUAUUUUAUAAUAGAAAAAGAAAUAGCUAACACCUCCAUGUCAAUGUUGUUCUCCAUUAAUCCAGAGAAUGGUAACCUUUACGCACUAAAGACAUUUGAUUAUGAGAUAGAGAAGGAGUUUCUUUUUCAUACUGAGGCCAGAGACUCUGGUGCUCCUCCACUCAGCAGUAACGUUACCGUCCACAUUAUUAUCAUGGACCAGAACGACAACACACCGAUUAUAGUGUCUCCAUGGCGCGCGCAUGGCUCAGUGGUGGAGGAGAAAAUACCCAGAUCCACUGAUAAAGGAACUCUGAUAGCCAAAGUAAUUGCUAUAGACACAGACUCUGUACACAACUCCCGGAUUACUUACCAGUUUCUCCAGAACACUGAUGCUACAUUAUUCAGUUUGGACCAGUACAACGGAGAGAUCCGGACCACCAGAAUGUUUAGUUACAGAGACUCGCGCCACCAGCGGCUGGUGGUGAUCGCCAAGGAUAACGGAGAGCCCUCUCUCUCUGCUACAGUCACCAUCAAACUGUCCACGGUGGAGACGGCACUUAAAAGCUAUGCUGAAAUGACUGAAGUGCCUUUAGAAUAUGACAUCUUUUCAGAUUUAAACCUGUAUCUGGUAAUCGGACUGGGCUCAGUGUCAUUCCUGUUACUUAUCACCAUAUUGGUCACCAUCGUGCUGAAGUGUCAGAAACCAAAGCCCAGUAAAGCUGUUCCUCCCUGUAGGAACAGUGUGAUCAGUGAGAGGAACUCUACCAUUGCAGAUUCCACUCUCGUCUCCAACGAUGCCUACUGGUACAGUUUGUUUCUAGCAGAGACCAGAAAAGGAAAGCUGGUAGUUAGACAACCUGUGCCAAAAGGACAGAGAUACAUUGUGUCUAGUAUACCGAGGAGCACAGGAAUGACUGAGACUAGUGACUCAGCUGCAUCUACUCUACAGUACUCAAAAUGAGAGAUGUCCCUUCUCAUGCUGGAGGCCUCCACCACCACCAGUAGCAGUUCCUCGUGAGGCUUCAUUCCACCUGCUGUUGCUCAAGUGAUGCUGAGAAGAACCUGCUCUAGAAAAUGGAGCUUCUAAUUUCUGCCCACCUAUUUCCUUAUUUAGAACAUGUGUCUCUACUUGGAUUCUUUCUGAUGUACUUCUUCUUUGCUUUUCUUCUGCAUUAAUUCUUGAAAUCUAACACAACUUAGUGGGAAUUACUUUAAUUAUGGUUGUGACUGAUGGAUGUGCUUUCCUAAUAGAGAGUAUUCCCACUCCAAAUUCCACCCUUUUCAUAGCAGUCAAUGCAUUUGGCUCCAUGCAUGGAUCUGCAUGGCUAGAAUGUUUGUUCACUUUGUAUUAACUUAUUGGACUUUUCACUGAUUGACACAUCAAAACUUUCAAGUGAGCUUGGUGGAAGCUUAAAAUGCACAUAAAAUGAAGAAUAACACGAAGAAGCACAAAGAAAUGUGGAUAAAGUGAGAGGACCCUGAAAUUGUGCAUGUGGUGAUGACCAUGAACUUGACAUUUUGGUGUUACAACACAAUUGUCAAUUAAAACCAUAACAGUGUAAAUAGGAAAUUAACUCAUUGUGCUGUUUACUCUGUGUUAUACAAUAGAUGUUGUUGUUGGUUUUACCGAUUUUUGUAAAAGGCAAAAAAGAGCGAAAGAGACAAACAAAUCACAACAAAUUACAAAAUGUUCAAUUAAUAUGAUUUGUAUUGCAUCACAAAAAAUAUAUAUUUAUUAAUCAGAAAUUAGUUAUUAGUGAGUUGCUUUCUAGCUGAAUUGUAAUCCAUUUAUUAGAUUCUUUACCCUUUGCUCAACCUUAAAGCUUAAGUGGAUUCAUUUAGAAUGUUGGUUUUCAUUCAACAUGAAUAAAACUUACAAUAUACACCUGUAACUAUAUCAAUUUCAUAUUACAUUCAUUUUUGUCAUACAAAUUUAGAACAUGUUUACUGUAAAUAAGCACAUAUUAGACAGAAUACAGUAGAAAGGCAUAUAGCUUACAUUGUUGUGGCCAGUUUGAAUAUGACCUUUUAAAAUAUCUUCAUACUAUUCUAUAGACUUUUACUGCAAUAUUAUGCUACAAAGUUAAUAAAAGACAACUACAGCAAGGUGUUGAUGUUUUCAUGUUUGAUUUUAUGGUGUUUGGUUUAUACAAAUAAUUUUGUUUGCUAUUUUGUUAUUUUGUUUGUUUAUGAUUUUGCUAAAAAAAUGUACAGCUAUCUUAUGCUAUUGAAAUGUUUCAAGUUGUUUUAAUUGUUUGAAUCAGAUUCAGCAUUAUUUUGUGAUUCAUGGAGUUAAAGUGUUUUUUUUUGUAAAGUGUUACACUUGUGGUGCAUUAUUUAGAUGGCUACAUGUUAACCUAUAGUAUGCACUGCAUCAUUUUCCUACUCUGCAGUUUUUCCAAAUUCUCAGAAAUGGCUUAUUAUUUGUGAGUAGCAAUCAGAAAAUUCUUACUGAAAUAUAUACAGGGUUCUGAUGACUUCCCCAGGCAGGACAGACACACCAAGGGGUUAUAAGACCAGUAUGUUACAAGACACAAUAACGUGUGAAUUUAUGUAUAGAAAGACAUGAAAAGACAUCAGCAUGAUCUAUUUAUUUCUAUUUGAUCUAUUUGAUCAAUUUUGCUGUAUGAACUAACAAUGUAUGUAUGGAUUCUACAGAAGCACCAAACACUGAAAGAGAGAGAGAGAGAGAGAGAGAGAGAGAGAGAGAGAGUAUAUCAACUCUAUCUUGCAAUUCUCUUCCAUUGCAGUGCUGUGUGUAAAUUGGCAUCAGAUCUCACUCAAACACACACACACAGCCUCAUUUUAACCCCAGCACGUUCUGCCUAGGAGGAAUUUCAUCAGAUUCUGUAUAACCAUCUAACCUUUGCCUUCAGCUUUGAGGUUGUGUGUUCAUCAUAAUAAUCUGAAGACACCUGUGAUCUGUUAAUUUUUAUGAAAAGGUAUUGUAUUAGUAUUUUUAUGACAAGGUACAUUGUAUUAGGUAUGCUUUAAAAAAUUACAGCUAAUAUAAUGCUAGCAGUACAGGUACAAUGCAAAUAACCAGUAUAACCUGUAUGUAGUUUAAAUCAGAAAAUGAGCAUUUGAUUUUGACUGCCUGGAUUUCCAUAGUAUUGUGUUUCAAUGACGUAAGUAACUGAAAGUAAUGAUAUUGAUAUAUCACUACAUCUGACAACAUAAAAAGACAACUGUUCUGUAUUUCUGCUGCAUGAUACAAUGCUGUGUGUUUUGUAUGUGUAUUUGCCAGGUGGGCAGUUAAAAUGAUUAAUCUCUAAAAAUUUAAGUGAGCUGACUCACCAAUGUUUACCUUUUGAUUAUUUGUAUUUUUAUUAUGCACAUUUAAUUUGUAAGAUUGGUUUAUAUGAACAUAUAGAACUGUACCACUAACUGUAUUGUAUACAAUAUCUCUUUUCCUGUGAUUGCAAAAGUGUAAAUAAAAUCCUUGAAAGGA